AGAUGGCGUACUGCCUGACAAAUUGUUUUCAGGACUUGGUGACCUUUGAGGAUGUAAGUGUGGACUUCACCCACGAGGAGUGGACUUUAUUGGACCCACUUCAGAGAAACUUUUACAGAGAUGUGAUGCUGGAGAAUUAUGAGAACCUGGCCAAAGUUGGAUUUCAGCUCCUUAAACCCAGUCUGAUCUCUUGGUUGGAAGAAGAAGAAGAAUUGAGGACAUUGCAGCAAGGACUUCUCCAGGAAUGGGCAAUAAAACUUCUUCACACCAAUGUUUCAGCAGUGCAGCAGGAUUUUUGUAAAAUACAAACUUCGAAUGGGAUACAAACGGAUCUGGUAACCUUUGACAGUGUAGCUGUGGAGUUCACCCAGGAAGAGUGGACUUUACUGGACCCAACAAAGAGAAACCUGUACCGUGAUGUGAUGCUGGAGAACUACAAGAACCUGUCCUCAGUAGGUUACCAGCUUUUCAAACCCAGUCUGAUCUCUUGGAUGGAGGAAGAGGAAGAGUUGAGCACAUUGCCAAGAGUUCUCCAAGAAUGGAAAAUGUGCCUGAAAAUGAAUGGGCCAGUCCUUUGGCAAGAUAAUUUUUGUUUAAAAACAUUAAAUGGGAUUCAGUUGGCAAGAAACCAAAAUGGAGAGGAACUCUAUGACUGUAAGCAAUGUGGAGAAGUCUUCUGUAAACAUUCAUGCCUUAAGACAAAUAUGAGUACUCAAAAUAGAGAAAACAUGUCUGAAUGUAUUCAGUAUGCAAAAGACCUCCUUUCUCUAUACAAUAAAACCUCUACCAUAAGGAAAGUUUCUGUGUUCAGUAAGUGUGGAAAAUCUUUCAGCCUGAUUUUAAAUGUUCAGGUCCAAAGAAAGUGCACACAAGAUAAAUCCUUUGAAUGCAUCGACUAUGGGAAAGUCUUUGUUCAUCAGUCACACCUUGAAGUGCACAGGAAAACUCAGAGUGGAGAAAAACUCUAUGAAUGGAAGCAAUGUGGGGAAGCAUUUACUCACUCCACAAGCCAUGCUGUAAAUGUUGAAACACACGUUAUUAAAAACCCCUAUGAAUGUAAGGAAUGUGGAAAAUAUUUUAGAUGCUCUACCCACCUUAAUAAUCACAUGCAAACCCACUUUGGGAUAAAACCUUAUAAAUGUAAGCACUGUGGGAAAACCUUCACUGUGCGGUCAGGCUUUCUUGAACAUGUACGAACUCACACUGGAGAGAUGCCCUAUGGGUGUAAGGAAUGUGGUAAAGCCUUUCGUACAUCUGCAGGCCUUGUUGAACAUAUAAGAUGUCACACUGUAGAGAAAACCCUUAAAUGUGACCAUUGUGGGAAAGCCUUUAUUUCUUACCCGUCUCUUUUUGGACAUUUGAGAACUCAUAAGGGAGGGAAGCCAUAUGAGCAUAAGAAAUGUGUGAAGGCCUUUGGUACAUCCUCAGGCAUUAUUGAAGAUAUAAGAAGUAACACAGGACAGAAACUCUUUGAUUGUGACCAGUGUGGGAAAGUCUUUGUUUCUUUCUCAUCUCUUUUUGCUCAUUUGAGAACUCACACUGGAGAGAAGCCCUUUAAGUGUUACAAAUGUGGGAAACCAUUUAUCUUUUCUGCCUGUCUUCAUAUUCACAUGCGGACUCACACAGAAGAGCGACCGUAUCAAUGUAAGGAAUGUGGGAAAACUUUCACUAAGUGCUCAUAUCUUACCAAACAUUUACGAACGCACAGUGAAGAGAAACCCUAUGAAUGUAUGAAAUGUGGGAAGGCCUUCACUGAGCGCUCAUACCUGACUAGACAUUUACGAAGACACAGUGGGAAGAAGCCCUAUGGAUGUAAGAAAUGUGGAAAAGCCUUCACGGAAUGCUCAGAUCUUAACAAACAUUUACGAACACACACUGGAGACAGGCCCUAUGAACAUAAGGAGUGUGGGAAAGCCUUUGUUGCCUCCUCAAGUCUAACUUAUCAUUUAAGAACUCACACUGGAUAUAAACCCUAUAAAUGUAAUAAAUGUGAAAAAGCUUACAGUAGGUCUUGUGUACUAACUCAACACUUAAAAACUCAUGCUGCAGAGAAGACUUCUGAGUGUAACACAUGUGGAAAAUCCUUUUGAAAUUCCUUGUGCUUUAAUGAUUGCUUACAAACUCACACUGAAAUAAAACUAUAAACGUAAGGACUGUGGGAAAGCCUUCACUUUUCAUUCAGAUCUUACUAAUCAUGUGCAAAUUCACACUGGAGAGAAACCUUAUGAAUGUAAGGAAUGUGGGAAGGCCUUCUGUACAUCCUCAGGACGUAUUCAACAUUUAAGAACUCAUAUGGGAUAGAAACCAUUUGAAUGUGACCAAUGUGGAAAGCCUUUGCUUCUUUAUCAGCUCGUAUUGCACGUUUGAAACCUCACACUAGAGAGAAGCCCUACGGAUGUGAAAAAUGUGGAAAAACUUUGUUUCCUCAAGCCUAACUGAAUAUGUAAAAAUUCACAGGAGAGACUUCACUAUCAAUGUAAGGAAUGUGAGAAAGCCUAAACUCUUGAAUCUUUCUGGAUUUGUACAAAGUCCCACUGGAGAGAAACCCUGUAAAUGUAAGGAAUGUGGGAAAACACAGUUUUUUUUUUUUUUUUUUUUUUUUG